UUUCUCCGCGGGGUGUUUUUUUUUUUUUUUUUUGGUUACCGGAAAAAGUUUUAGUUGUAAUUAAAAUGGCGACUAACAAAAGCGGGCCUGGGCUUUACGAGUUUCUGAUUGAGGCGGAACUGCAGCAGUAUUACAGCGCGAUGAAGACCCAGCUGCAUAUUCAGAACACGAACCAAAUCAAGUAUGCCUCGGAAGAAGAUUUCGCCGGUAUCGGAAUGUCCAAGCCUGAGAUUCGUAGACUGAAGAAGUAUUUCCAAAAGUACUACCCACAGACGUACUUGAGCAAGUUCUGCAAGAAGCUGUUGUCCAAAAGGGACGAUAUUAGCGGACUCGUUGGUACUGUGCCGCCAUCGCGGCAAGAAAGACCACCCGUGAAGGUUCCUUCGAAACAUAUUAUUCCAGCUGAAGCCAUCGUUGUGAACAAAGAGCUUGGUACUGGAGAAUUCGGCGUGGUUCAACAAGGCAUUUGGACGAACGAGGAAGGCGACCGGAUCCAAGUGGCCAUCAAGUGUUUGAGCAAAGAACGAAUGCAAGCUAAUCCCUUGGACUUUCUCAAAGAGGCAGCCAUUAUGCACGGAAUAGAUCAUGAACACAUAGUGCGGCUUUAUGGUGUGGUGUUGGAUACAGAUGCUCUCAUGUUGGUUACAGAGUUGGCUCCGCUCCGAUCUUUGCUUGAAUGUCUGAAGGAGCCUGCGCUGCGACCAUCAUUCACCGUGAUAACCCUUUGCGAUUUUGCAAUUCAGAUCUGCGAUGGGAUGUCUUACCUCGAGUCGAAGCGACUCAUUCACAGGGAUCUGGCUGCGAGGAACAUUUUAGUUUUCUCCAAAAACAAAGUGAAAAUUUCUGACUUCGGAUUGAGCAGAGCACUGGGAGUCGGGAAAGAUUAUUACCAAACGAAUUUCAACGUCAACUUGAAACUUCCGAUUGCAUGGUGCGCGCCGGAAAGCAUAAAUUACCUGCGUUUUACAUCCGCCUCAGACGUGUGGGCGUACGGAGUUACUUUGUGGGAAAUGUUUUCGUAUGGCUUCCAACCUUGGGCUGCUCUUACUGGCCAGCAAAUUCUGGAGGCGAUUGAUAGCCCGAAUUUUCAGUGA